CCUUCGGGUCGCCUCCGUAUUUAGCCUGGGGACAGAUGAGGGACCAAAUCGGUGGCUGAAAAUGGCUCUUAAAUUAAGCUUCUCUGCCGUUCCUCGUCCUGACGCUGGUGAACUCCCCCUACAAACGGGGUUUUUACUGCAAUGACAACUCCAUCCGUUACCCGUUCAAGCCGGACACCAUCACGCACGGAUUGAUGGCUGGCGUCACCAUUCCCUGCACCGUAAUCAUUAUUUCGGCGGGAGAGGCCUACCUGGUCUACAAGAAGCGGCUCUACUCGCGGUCGGAGUUCAACAAUUACCUGGCUGCCCUCUACAAGGUCGUGGGGACCUUCCUUUUUGGGGCCGCCGUCAGCCAGUCGCUGACAGACCUGGCCAAAUACAUGAUUGGGCGCCUGCGGCCCAACUUCCUGGCCGUUUGUGACCCCGAUUGGUCCAAAGUCAACUGCUCCACUUACGUCCAGUUGGAAGAGCUGUGCCGAGGAAACGCCAAGAACGUCACCGAGUCCAGGUUAUCUUUCUAUUCUGGCCAUUCCUCGUUUGGAAUGUACUGCAUGAUGUUCCUAGCGCUGUACAUCCAGGCUCGCCUGGUAGGGAGGGCCGCCCGGCUGCUGCGCCCGACGAUCCAGUUCUUCCUCCUCUUCUUCGCCAUCUACGUAGGCUACAGCCGGGUGUCAGACUACAAGCACCACUGGAGCGACGUGCUGGUGGGCCUCCUCCAGGGGGCGCUGGUCGCUAUCCUUGUGAUCCGUUACGUCUCAGACUUAUUCAAGGAGCGCCCUCCGCUGCCGUGCGCGGAGAAGGACGCGGUGGGCCACAAGGCCAGUAUCCCUCUCCCACUAAGUGAACCGGAGCAGAACCAUUACAGCUACCGGAUGGGGACUUGAACUCGGAGCUGGUGGUCCUUUUGAGGGCUGGGGGCUCCAACUCUCCUCUUCUGUUCUCUUCUGACAUCUUCCUCGGCUAGAACUUGUACGUGGUCUCUGGACUUUCCCAGCGAAGAUCAGUGAGAUUUUUUUUCCGUAUUAAUAUUCUGACUUUUUUUUUAAAAAAAGGACUAUUUCCAUUAUAUCUACGGUCCCCUUCAUGAAUGCACGAGAUAUUUUGUAUUUUGGGAUUUAUACCUUUACCUUCGGCAAAGUCCAGGGAUGAGGGAGGGAAGGACGUAUGCUUUAAAGGGGCUCACGAGCUUUAAAUACCUGUGUUUGUGUGUGUGUGUCUGUGUGUGUAUAGCUGGUUGGAGCUGUGCAACCAUGGGCUGGAAAAUUUUACAUGAGUGUGUGGACUACAAAUCCCAGCAUGCUCUGACCAGCAUCACCAUUUGCACCAGUUGCUCUCUGAGUCUGGAGUUCCCACCAUCGAUCAGCUGGCCUGGUGACUGGGAAGUGUAGUCCAAACCAGGAGCAUUUGGGGAGUCGGUUCUAAAGGAGUCCCCAAGCUGACUCCACACGGGGCCAAGGAGCCGGAUUCAGAUCCAUUUUCACGGUGGCUACCUGUCUGUUUUUUUUCUUCUUUUUGGGGGGGCUUGGUUCAAUUUUUCACAGAGGUGCGGCCCUGCAGAUGUUGAACAACAGUACUUAUCGUCCCCAACCACUGGCAGUGCAUGUGGUCAGGGACUGAUGGGACAUGGAGUCCAGCAUUACCUGGAGGGGCACCAUUUUAAGCCUCAAUACCACUGUGGGAAAACCCCAAAUAUUGACCUGACCGAUCUUCAAAGAAGGGCAGCUACGAUCCUAUUUUCCCUGGUAAGCUGGCAACCUUGCCAGGUUGCCAAAGACUUCUUUAGCAUUAGAGUGUGCCGUCGGAACCAGAUCUGGCCCCGACCCCAUGCCGGCUCAGUUCCUUGGAUGCUGGAAACCCAAGAGGAGAGAAGGUCUUUUAACCCGAGAGCCCCAUUCAGUCACAUACUUAGAGCUUAAAGCCUUGACCGCCAGCCACGAGAACCGAGAGAACCAUUUAGGAUACAAGAAAAAGGGAAUCGGUACGCCAGCUAGAAAACCACUAAAGGACAAGGCACAGCUAUCUGGGGAAGCCAAGAGGGCCGGAUUCUGCCCACGGGCCUAAGGUUCCCCACCCCUGCUGUGCUCCUUUCCAUCUAUCUCUCGUUCUCUCCCAUCCUGGGCAGAUCCUGUGUGUUUCUUUUUUGCUGUCCGAUUCCAGAGAGUUUAAUAAAAUGGUGUUACUUUCCAACCACUCUGGGCUUCUAAGGGUUUGUGAGGGUUCUUCCUGCACAGGAUGGAAAAGACCAAAGUCUGAAGCAGUUGCCCAUGAGGAAGGGUUGGAAAUGUUUCUGGACAUUCCGUGACAUCCCUUUGGCUCAGCCAAAGGGUGAACCGUCUAGGGAGGCUUAACGUUGGAAAAUAAAGGUGUGGAAGGCCCAUGUUGGUGGAGACAACGAAGAGGGCUUUGGAAAAUGUCUAGAAAAUUAACAGCUAACUGUGGUGGUUGCAAAAGGAGGUGGGGGCUCUUGUGCCUUUAAUUAAAAACUUCUCGUGCUGCUCAUUAGACCUCCUGCUCCUUGAAAACUCAUUCUAGGUUUGCCUGCCGAGCCUCAUUUUCCGUGAAAAAGCUUCCUGGGAUGGGAGAGCACUUAUCAGAUCCGAGAUAAGGAUUUUAAAGUUCAGGAUCAAAACUCCCAGUCAGAGAUAAGAGCAGAAGCUGGCAGCUGGACAAAAGAAGGGUGCUCCCAGUCAGCCACAUCUGCCCCAUUUUAAUAAUGUGCACAGCAUUUUAGCCGGCGUGGUUUUGUGAGGUAAGUUGACCCCCGCUUGUCUACACGUCCUCAUUGGAGUUGUCUUUAUUGGCAACCGGCUGCAACAAGCUGCAUGCAAUGGUAUGUAGUAUUUCUCAAUGGACAAACAACAGCACAUAGUAUUUGGCUGUCAAAGGCCAAUCUUGACACAUCGGUUGAAAAUAACGAAGAAGAAAAAAGAGGUUCGGUUCUCAUAAUGAAUUGCUUGAAAAGAAAAUGAUUUUCAAGGAGGUCGAUUCUGGACUCUUGAGAUCCCACCCUUAUAAACCGUUCUUGCAGGAAUAAAGUCCAUUCAGCUUUCUAGUUGGGAAUAAACAUGUCCAGGUUUCCAUUCCAAGAACACCGCCCGUAUCUAUCUCAAGAGGAGAUGGGGGUCUUGCGUGCGGUCAGACUUACUUACGAGAAGACACACACGUUGCACCAGAUUUCACAUUUUGGGGUGAAAAGCAGUGCAGCGAAAAACGGAAGGCGUCUGUCUGUUGCUCAGAGUUUUGAAUCAUUCCUUUACAAAAAUGCAUUGAUUUUUAAAAAAUAUUUGUAUGCCUGUUCUUAGCUUUUAAAUACUGUAUUGCCUUUUCAUGACACGGCUGCCUCGGGUCCUUGUUAAAGGAAGAAGGCGGGGUCAAAACAGUGUAAAGAAAUAAAUAUUUU